GUGCUCAUAAUCUGCCUUUUUCAUGGAUUUUUUGCUGUGUACUGUGGAAAUUUAUCUCUCGUUUCGACGAUUGAAUUUUGUUUUUCAUCUUCAUCAUUAUCGUUUCCUUUGUGGUUUAUAGGUUUUCAAUCGAACAGCCAAAGAAGUCAGAACUGAAGAAGAAAGUGAAACAGGCGACACCGUAUAUUUUGGAAAUGCCUACGCCACCUCCACCUCUCUUUAGUAACGCUAUGAUGAGGAUUUUCCACACUUGUUCAUUCCCUCGCGAUAGUCAAUUUGCGCCUGUGGCAUAUUGUGCAUCAAGAUCCCUGCCCCCUGGGCCAGUAGGUUUGAAGUUCUUAAACGCUAAGGGAUGGGGUUUGUUUGCUUCGUCCCUUAAAAGAGGCAUCCGCUUUGUCUAAUCGAGCAGCAUCAGCUUUGCAGAUAGCCGGGAAUACUAUUUAUUUGAGGCGAGUUAGUCUGUUUGGUCUUUAUUCUUUUCUACUGCUUUGUUCUUACUUGGGGUUGGCCUUUUGUGCCUUUUGGUUGGUUCACUUUGGAGUGUGCAUGAGCUGGUGUCUCUUAGAAACUUGUCCACUUUGAGUGGGGCUAAUUUCUACCUACACAUACUCUCCCCAUAUCUUAGUGGGCUUGUUGUUGUUGAAUAAUUGAUAUGGCGGCGGCGAAGCAGAUAUUUUGGGAAGAAGAACUGGGAAGACAAUGUAGAAUUCUCUUCACAACUCGCUCUCAUAAUCAAAUAAUUAUAAUUUGGAGACACAACUGAGUAAAUGUUUUGGUCUUGA